UGCGUUGUGGACUCCAUGCGGCAGUGGGAAUUACUGCCUGAACCCGCACGUUGCUCCUGCACCAUGCGACUUGCUGUUUCUUCAGGAUUUUAUUUAUUUUUUUACCUGAAAAAUUUGCGACUGUAACCUAAACUCUUCAACACAAGAGUAGGGUGUUCUCUAAACCAACAGAACAACAAAAGUUAAGCUUUGCCAGUCGCAGGCGUUCCCGUGUUACAGCACUUGCCGAUGGCUCCACCUGCUGCCGAGCGGGCAGGCGACGCUGCGCUCCCCCGGCGGGAGUCGUGUUGUGUGGGGAGCGCGCUGCCAUGGAAACCGGCUCCUGCGCACAGAAACUGCGCAGCAGGACACAUAUCGGGGGGUUUAGAUGUUUACAUUUAAAGGAAGUUUAAUACCUGCUUUAAACAAAAGAUGUGUGAGGUCGGGGAAAGAGAGGCAGAUGCCUGAGAAAGCAGGGACUUGUGUGGCUAAGGGAAAAGUAAAGGUUUUCAUCUAAUGUCUGCAAAUGCAGAGGCCCAGUGUGCAGGUGUCUCCGAGGACAAUACCCGUUUGUCAACAACCAGUCAAGGAUAUGUUUUACCAGAAGGAAAAAUCAUGCCAAACACAGUCUUUGUUGGUGGAAUUGAUAUAAGGAUGAAUGAAGCAGAAAUUCGCAGUUUCUUUGAACGAUAUGGUACUGUGAAAGAGGUGAAAAUAAUCACUGACAGAACUGGUGUUUCCAAAGGGUAUGGAUUUGUAUCUUUCCUGGACAAUGUGGAUGUUCAGAAAAUAGUAGAAUCACAAAUCAACUUCCAUGGCAAAAGGCUGAAGCUGGGACCAGCAAUUAGGAAGCAACAAAACUUGUGUUCUUAUGUGCAUCCCAGACCACUAGUCUUCAAUCCUCCUGCACCACAGUUCCAUAGUGUAUGGGGUAAUCAAAAUACGGAGACAUACAUGCAACCUCCAGCUGUAAUGAGCCCGGUAACGCAGUAUGUUCAGAGUUUUCUCUUGCAGACAUAUCCAUACAGUUCACCGGCUUUAUUGAUACAGCAACAAGUUCCUGUAGGAUAUCAGCCAGCCUACAACUAUCAGGUUCAACCACAGUGGCUUGCUGGGGAGCAAAGAAAUUAUGUUAUGCCUCCGGUUUAUACUUCAGUAAGCUAUCACUGCACUGAGGAUCCAGAAUUUAUACAGACAGAAUGUGCUGUUCCAGAGCCUACACAGUCAUCUACCAACAGUCCACAAAAGAAGUCUGUGGACAGGAGCAUACAAACAGUUGUAUCCUGUCUGUUUAACCCUGAGAACCGGCUGAGGAACACCUUUGUAUCACAAGAAGACUACUUCAAGGAGAGGAAGGCACAUCACUUCAGAAAAGGAAGAGCAGUGCUCAAAAGUGUUUGACCAACAAGGACUUUCUUUAAAAUAUCUAAAUUCAUUAACUUGAUGUUACUACAGUUCAGUUUAGCGAUAUAUGCAGUAUAACCUUGUUCAAGAAGUUGCUUCAAGUUGAAGUUUGUGUUCCUAUUCUACCUGUUCCAAUACAGUUGUUUUUUUGCUAGAGUAGUUUGAAGUUUAAAGUUGCAAGAGUUGACAGACCUCCAGGUUUUAUUAGUCAUUUGCAUGCUUUCUGUGAUAACUAACUGGAAUGUUGAAGAGUUUGUUUGCAUGGGAGAAACUGUUUGCAUGUGGAUUUUAUUUUGAGCUUUAAGGUACAGUUUGCAUGUUACACUUAAUUUUUCUUACACCACAAUUUAAGUAACUAAUACUGACCAGUUACCUCUUGCAGUUAAAAAAUGGAAGCAGUUAUUUGCCCAAGAAGUUGUAUUUUAAAACUGAGCUCUUAAUCAGUGGAACAGAAGAUGUCAAGUUGUAACUCAACUGAAGCCCUUUAAGUCCUGGUUUUCUUUAGACUACAUAAUCAAUGUGGUUAUGUUCAUUAAUGACAGUUUAUGUACCUGCAGUCUUGAGCAUCACUAUUAGUUUUGGGAAAGUAAUGAAGAGAAUCCUAAAAUUCCUACAUGUAACUUAAAAUGCAAGAAUGUAAUUAGCUGUAUUGGCUACUCAGUAGAGUAUGCUUUUUUUACUUGGAAAAAUUUUAGCAAUACCUGUAUGUUAAAAUUGUGAGAAAAUACUGCAUUUAAAAUACAGCUUUGUUAUGUGAUGCAAACUGUUAAUCAAAGAAUAUCUGUAAGCCUAUUUUAAUAAUUAUGUAGAUUUUAGUCAUACGUUUUGAAAUAAUUAAAAUAAAUUUUUAUUUUGACUUGGC